GCAAGGAGGAUUUUAAAUUUCAAAAUGGCCGCCUAAAAACUACAAAAUUUUGAUAUAAUUUUGGACACAAAAUGUCAGCCUUUCGUGCUUUGGGGCUUGAUUUUUUUCUGAAUUUUGGCAAGACGAGUUUCUUAACAAGAAGUGUGGUGCAUUUCCAUCACCAUAGGACUCGGAAGAUAGCAGCAUUUAGUUCAUAUUUUAGAACAAGGACACAAUCAAGUUAUGCUGGUUUAGCUAAUAAUAAAAAGUUUUUGAGCGGCUUUGAAGAGCUGCCCGAACUUGAGGGUGCAGAUGAGAAUGUGCGUCGAAUAUUUAGUCUAGAUAAUGCAUCGCAACAACAGAAAAGAAAAGUGUUAAACAAGGAGUUGAUGAAAGUUUGCAAAACUCCAAAAGAACGAGAGAUUGCAGAACAAACUAUAUCAAUAGCAAAUUUAGAGGAGCAUCUACAACGAACAAGAAAUAAGGAUAAGCACAACAAGGUGUUUCUCCAGUGGCUCAAAGAUCAGAGAAUGAAGAAGCUGAAAAGCAUCAAAACAUCGGAUUUUGAACGUUACAUAGUGCUCGUAAAACAACUUGACAUUGAACCAUUAGAAAGCACACAUACAAAGUAUGCCAAGUACAAAUUUCGGAAGUUUAAAAUUGGCGUAGAAAUUAAGGAAAAGAGAAGCCUAGCUGUUCGGAAAACACCAUCAUUGACAAAGAAGAUUAAUUCUUAAGGAUUUUAAUUAAGAAUAUAUGUAUACAACUGCAUUACUUUUAUUACUGAAAUUAACUGACAAGUAAAAUCAUCUGAU